AUGGAGAAUCACCUGGCCUUCUACGGCGGCGUCGCCCACCUGGGUUUCGACGACCUCUCAGUUCCGGCGAUCUCUCAGCCCACGAAGCGGCACCGGGCGACGCCCACGGCGGCGCCGCCUCUCUCCUUCCUCGGUGAGGACAUCUCUUCCGCCAUCCGGCAGCAGCAGCUGGAAGUCGACCGCUUCGUCUCCCACCAGACGGAGAAGGUGCGGCGGGAGCUGUGGGAGCGACGGCGAUUGCACUCCCGCCGUAUAGCGGCGGCGGUGGAGAGGUGGGUGACGAGGAGGGUCCGCGCCAAGGAGGAGGAGAUCGAGAAGAUAGGGAGGCUCAACGCCGCUUUGGAGGAGCGCGUGAGGAGCCUCUGCGCUGAGAACCAGAUAUGGAGGGAGGUCGCGCAGGCCAACGAGGCCGCCGCCAACGCCUUACGCGCCGAUCUCGAGCAGGUCCUCGUACAGGGAGAGGCGGCAGGAGAUGAUGCGGAGUCCUGGUGCGACAACUUCGGCGGCGCCGUGCCGGCGGCGGGGAGGAGGCUGUGCCGGAUGUGCGGGGCCGCCGAGCCCUCGGUGCUGCUGCUGCCGUGCCGGCACCUCUGCCUCUGCGCAGCCUGCGGCCCCGCCGUGGCCUCUUGUCCCGUCUGCACGUGCGACAAGAACGGUAGCGUUAACGUCAACAUUUCGUGA